UCUUCCUGCCUGCCUUCUUGUUGCUCUUCCUUUCGUUUCCUUCCUGCUGCAUCGUGCGGCUCGUCUUGUCGCGUUUCAUGUUCCUGGCGAUGGCCUGUGUUCCCUCUGUCCCAGGGGUGCUGCUGCCGUCUUGCUCGCUCUUGUGUUUGUUCCCUCAGGCGAUUCGUCGCGCAAAGAAGAGAGACGACUUUUGACGCUAAGACGAAGAAAAAGAAGAAGAAGAAGCAGAAGAAGCAGAGGUUGAUGACGAUGUGAGAAUUGGCGGAGUGGCGGGUGGGGAGGAGAUUUGGAGGAGUUAUUGGCUGGGCCAGGGGAGUAGCAGCUAGACGAAGACGCUUUUUGGUCAUGGGAGCCUCGAGUUCGAAGCUGGAGAAGGUAUUGGGAGACCAGUUUCCAGAGGGAGAACGAUACUUUGGGCUGGAGAAUUUCGGCAACACCUGCUAUUGCAAUAGUGUUUUGCAGGCUCUGUACUUCUGCGUUCCAUUCAGGGAACAACUUUUGGAGUACUGUGGUCAGAAGAAACCUGUUGCGGAAUCAGAAGAGAAUCUGCUGACUUGCUUGUCAGAGCUCUUCACACAGAUAAACUCACAGAAGAAGAAGACUGGUGUGAUUGCCCCGAAGCGUUUUGUUCAAAGGGUGAGGAAGCAGAAUGAGCUAUUUCGGAGUUACAUGCACCAGGAUGCUCACGAGUUUCUGAACUUUCUGCUGAAUGAGCUAGUUGACAUCUUGGUAAAGGAGGCACAAGCGGCUAAUUCAAAUUCAGGCUCUCAUACAUCCCCAGAGAAGGUGGUGGGCAACGGGGCAACGAAUGGAUUGGCGAAUGGGAAUCACAAGGAACCAGUUGUUACCUGGGUGCACAAGAUUUUUCAGGGUACGCUGACAAAUGAAACCAGAUGCUUACGGUGUGAAACUAUCACCGCGCGAGAUGAGACGUUCUUAGAUCUGAGCCUUGACAUUGAGCAGAACAGUUCUAUCACGAGCUGCCUGCGGAAUUUCAGUUCCACAGAAACACUCAACGCGGAGGACAAGUUUUUUUGUGAUAAAUGUUGCAGUUUGCAGGAGGCUCAGAAGAGGAUGAAAAUCAAGUCACCGCCUCGCAUUCUAGCACUCCACCUGAAGCGGUUCAAGUACAUCGAGCAGUUGGGGCGUUAUAAGAAGCUGUCGUACCGUGUAGUGUUCCCACUGGAAUUGAAGCUUUGCAACACGACGGACGAUGCACCUGGGUCGGAGGCAGAAUAUUCGUUGUUUGCUGUGGUGGUGCAUGUUGGGAGUGGACCAAAUCAUGGUCAUUACGUGAGUCUGGUGAAGAGUCAUAACCACUGGCUUUUUUUCGACGAUGAGAAUGUGGAGAUCAUUGACGAGUCCAUAGUUCAGACAUUUUUUGGAUCCACUCAGGAAUAUUCUAACAAUACAGAUCAUGGAUACAUUUUGUUCUACGAGAGUUUGGAUCAGAAGAAGUAGGAUUCGGAAUUGGGAAAGCUGACAAAACUUAGAUUGUGUUGAAAGAUUGGUUGCCGUCGGCUCCUGGCAUAUCUUUCCUUUCUUUUAGAACGACGCGUAACGGUUGUCGGUGCUUAAUGAAUAUGCACCUACAACCAUUGUUGGAAAUGAGUGUUCUAGAUGGACAAAGAUUACUGUCGAAUAAGAAUCCGCAUAACUCUCUGUCAUUUUACAGCUGUAACUGACUAGUAUAAUCACUAGUCUACUUGCUGAUGGGGCGGAUGAUUUCGAUCAGAGGUGAGGAUGGCAAUAUCUUGUGAGAUAUGCAAAAAGAUUAUGGUUUGUUUUCAAAGAAAUCUUAGAGGUUUUGUUUGAGGACAUCCAUUCGGUAAUUAAUUACAAAUUUCUCACUUACAACUGGAGUUGUACGUGAUUGUGGUAGAUGGUAGAAGAGCCGAGCAGGAACGGCAGUAAUCAAGUAUUGUAUCAACUAUUGUGAUGUCUCUCAUGGAUAACUCAUGUAAUUUGAAAUUCUUCGAAAGUGUUCGAGCGGGGUUGGCAUACUGGAUGAUCUGUAAUUGGUAUGUGGAGGUAGGAAAUACGAUUGUGAAGAACGGAUUUCCUUCCAUUGAAUAGAGAGUUGAAGCUGGUGCCCUAGAUACAAGCUUUAGUAUUUUUACCAAACUAGGUAGGAUUAUCAAGUUGGGCAUUAAGUCUUGUACAAUUAUGUUUACUAUGAAGUUGGUGUUGCAUUCAA